UGUUAGUCAAACGUUGUCAAGAUCCUCACUAAAAGAGUAUUGUUUUACAAGGUUGCUGUAACUAAAAGACAAAACAAAUUAGCUAAUCAAAAUUAUGACUUAAGUAACUCGCGCUUAGCGAUUACAAAUCAGUGCUCAAUAAAAAUGUGUUGUCUAUAAUUGUGUUAUUCGUAAAUAAAUUCACGCGAUAUAUUGAUGAGAAAAAAAUUGUAGCGGAUAUUACCAACUGAACAGCUAUAAUAUAUACAUGACAAGAGCAAAGAACAUGGCGUCUAAAGUCAAGUGCUGGCAGAUUGAGGCCAUCUUGCUUAUGAACGCGGCAGUCGUAGUAGCAGAAUUUCCUGCUUCCGGUUACAACAUCCAACCGGAGACGCCUGCGCCCGACUUCCUGUCGAGUCCAUUGAAUGUCACUUUCCGGCGCGGGGAGCUAGCCGUUUUGAGAUGCAGCGUGUACAACCUCGGAACCAAAACGGUCGUUUGGAGGCGACAUGAACAUUCUUUUCCACUGACAUCCGGUACGAUGACCGUUGUUGCGGACGACCGUAUACAGAUUGGUCACGUAGACUUUAAGAACCAAUGGGAUCUUAUGAUUAAAAAUGUGCAACCGGACGACGAGGGCGUGUAUGAGUGCCAGGUGGCAUCAACCAAUAGGAAUAUACGGAAACUGGUUUCACUUACUGUAAUUGAUUCCAAAGCAGAAGCCAUGGAAAUCACCAUAAGCGGAGAACAGUACGUGGAACGCGGGGAACCACUCACGUUACACUGCAACGUGACGGGGCAGCAUUAUACUCCGGACGAGAUAGACUGGUUCCGAAACGGUGAAAAAGUGACGUCGGAAAAACAUAGGGGUGUAAAACUGUUCAAACAACUAUCAAUGGCUUAUAAAACGUUUACUAGUAUUUUGAGCAUAAAUGAAGCGACCAUGGAAGACAGUGGUGUGUAUGUUUGUAGGUCGUCCAAUAUGCAUAUUGCUAAUACGAAAGUCCACGUACUAAGCGGUAAGGACACAGCGGAGACGUCAAAUAAAAAGCGAGGAACAUAUCAUGACGGGUAUGCUGAUGAACAUAUAUCAAUUGAUCAGAUGAAGUCGUCUGCAUCAAUUAUUCGGCAGGCGACAUUCGCGAUUAUUUGCCAAUGCACUUUUUUAAUGUUCACAUAUUGCUACAAAUAAUAUGAACACGCUAUACUCACAAGAAGAUAAUUAUUUGAACUGCAAACUUGUGGAUUACAGCGUAACCAUGGUAUAUUACAAAAUUGUCAACUGACGUUUAUGCGGCUCCAUAAUUGACAUCGGCAACACAACACAUGGAUUAACACACUAGCAAAGUGUUGUUUAUGUCAUAUGUUAACGGAUGGCAUACUACAAAAGGGAAUACAUCUUAAUUCCAACGACAUGUUCAAAACUGUGCGACUUUGCCGAAGGUGUUGAAGAUAUAACAAUAUCGAAAUAUAGCCUAUAAAUCAAAUGCGUUCGAAAAACAUACUUCAGAUAUUGAUUAGAUUCAAAGUGCAGCAUGUGUGCUAUUCAUUGCAAUGUGUGUGCACUCCAAAACGUUUUCAAUAAAUGAUGUUCUUUAAUUACUCUGCUAGACACAUGGCUGUCAAUAUGCAUUGGUGUUAAGAAGCUUUUAAAAUAGUAUAUGUUAAAAUAUCGUCAGUGAAUGCUUUAUCUUGUUGAUAUGCAAGGGGUAAAUAUAUAAUCAUACAAACAAUACUUUAAACCUUGGUACGGAUUAAUAAAGUGUUUGGGGAAUGUU